UCUACCACUUUUUCAGAAUGAAAUCCAUGGAUGAUCCGCUCAACAUGACUAGCGCAGUACUAGAUACGGACCCUACAGCUAGCGGAUUUCCUCCUGAGCCGAUUUUCUCCGAUUAUCUAGAGAUGAUCUCGCUCGUCGUUAUGUUCAUCGUUGGGGCUCCAUUGAAUCUAGCUGCAUAUACUCAGUUGGCAGAACGACAAGUGACGAGUCGGCUCGAUCUCCUAAAACGACACCUGAACUAUACGGAUCUACUCGUAAUAUUCAUCUAUGUACCAUCACGGGCUUGCUGGUUGUUAACAUACGACUGGCGAGGAGGUGAUCUCUUGUGUCGCCUUGUGAAAAUGAUGCAUACGGUAGCAUUUCAGUCAUCUUCGAACGUCAUCGUCUGCAUUGCAUUGGAUCGCUUGUUCUCUGUAUUCUCAGCGACACGACAUUCACCUGAAAAAGCGAAUCGUCGAAUACGAAUCAUGCUUACAGCGGCAUGGACAACAGCCUUCAUAAUUGGCAUACCCCAGCUGAUCGUAUGGAAAACUUAUGUACCAUUCUCUCAUCUUAGCUGGACUCAGUGUUUGCAAAUUUGGGAAAUAGCUCGUAUAGAAAAUGUGUCAGCAAGAGGUAAACUAUUCGAUGCGGAAUCUUUCUACUCUUUGGCUCACAUUGGAUUAGUCUUCUGGAUUCCAGCUCUGAUUGUUGUGAUUUGCUACGUAAUUGUGCUGACGUGGGUAUUCGUCAAUUCGCGUCCUUCAAUAUCGGGCAAACGUACACUGUCACUUCAAACAGGAUGUGAGACGGUCGACACCGUAUUGACAAGAGCAUCAGAGUGGAAUCCUCUGAAAACGUUUUCACUCGCUAAAUUGAAGGAUGUCAAAGAGGACAAGAGCAUAGGGCCUCCACGGAUAGUGGUGUCCGACGAGUCGUCAGUUCCACUAAACUCACGUCCGUCGAUCGCAUCCAGUGAUGCGAGUGUAGUCAUCAGGACAAGUGUACACAAUAGUCAAUCGUAUCACGCUAGUGUGAAUAGGUCAAGGGCCGUACGAGUCUCAUUCUUGCUGGUCAUGGCAUACAUCAUCUGCUGGUUGCCAUACAAUCUACUAAGCUUAGUACAUCUCAUAGAUUCGCAGCUAUUCGCCAACAGUUUCAUAAAGCUGUACUUCCUUCACGGAUUCAUGGUGUUCAAUUCUGUUGUGAACCCGUAUCUAUAUGGGUUAUUCAGUCGUCAUGACAAGACACGGAGAAGAAAUCACGAGUAGCCCGGCAAUGCUAGGCAUUACAUGCAUAACGGGUC